AUGAUGGCUGCCCCCGUUGCAUACUGGCUCUACCACUUGCUUUCUCCGCGUUACCGGGAUGCGGCCGAUUCUGACAUCCUCGCUUUUUCCUGUUUCUUCGCGGGGGCAGCCUUCUGUCUUGGCAUGUCCGCAACCUAUCAUACCAUUUCAAACCAUUCACCCACGGUUGCACGCAUUGGCAACGCACUUGACUAUAUUGGUAUCGUGGGACUCAUUGUAGGCAGCUUUGUACCUAGUGUCUUCUAUGGGUUCUACUGUGUACCGGAUCUCCAGCACAGGUACUGGGCCAUGAUCUGUACCAUUGGGCUAGGCUGCGUGAUUGUAUCCGCUUCUCCCCGGUUCCGCACACCACGCUGGCGUCCGUUCCGCGCCACCAUGUUUGUUGGGAUGGGCUUGUCUGCCGUCUUCCCCAUACUUCAUGGGGCUUUCCUAUUCGGACUUGACCGCAUGCAACAGCAGAUUGGUUUGAACUGGCUCGUUUUCCAGGGCUUCUUGUAUAUACUUGGGGCGGGUAUCUAUGCGGCUCGAGUACCUGAGCGACUCAUGCCCGGAAAAUUCGAUAUUGUGGGGAGUUCGCAUCAAAUCUUCCACGUGCUUGUGGUCUUCGCAGCACUGGCUCACCUGACAGGGUUGUUGAAGGCAUUCGAUUAUCGGCACAGCGGGGCUGCCGAGACCUGUCAGAUUCCACGCGGCUGA